AUGGCGUUGCAACAUCUCGUCUUUGGAGCCGCGUGGGCUGCCGGAUCUGCGGUGGCAGCCUCUGUAACAUGCGCAUCUAAUUUGCCGCUGAGUUGCCAGAAUACCACCGCAGUCAGCAAUACUUGCUGCUUCAACUUCCCAGGUGGCCAGCUUCUUCAGACGCAAUUUUGGGACACCAACCCAUCCACGGGCCCCAGCAAUUCAUGGACUGUCCACGGCUUAUGGCCAGAUAACUGCGAUGGAACUUUCCAGCAGAACUGCGACUCAUCAAGAGCGUAUACCAACAUCUCGGCAAUUCUAGCAAAAUCAGCGCCUUCUACGCUUUCGUUUAUGCAGACAUAUUGGAAAGAUAACCAGGGCAAUGAUGAGAGCUUUUGGGAGCACGAAUUUGGCAAGCACGCUACAUGCAUCAACACGCUUGAUCCGGAGUGUUAUACAAACUAUCAGCCAACCCAGGAAGUUGGGGACUUUUUUACACGAACCGUGACCUUGUUCCAAAGCCUUCCCUCGUAUGACUGGCUUGCUGCAGCUGGCAUUGUUCCUUCAAAAACUGCCACGUACACUUUGGCUGCUAUCCAGGCGGCUCUUACUGCACACCACGGCCACAACGUCGUCAUCAACUGCGAUAAUGGCGAGCUCAAUGAGCUAUGGUAUCAGUUUAACGUCCGUGGAUCUGUUCAAACCGGCACAUUUACUCCUGUUGACCCCGUUGGCUCUGCCUCCACUUGCCCCAAGACAGGCAUCAAAUAUCUACCCAAGUCUGGUAGCAGUGCGCCUACAACGACUUCCAAGACAGCGUCAAGCACUAAAAGCUCUGGCGGAGGAGGAUCCACCCCUCCACCGGGAGGAGUCCUGUCAGGUAAAGGAUAUCUAUAUGUCGAUACCUCCAGCACAACCAGCGAUGGCUUUCUCGUUAGCAGCGGAGCCUGGUAUCGCGCUGGCGGUACCCCGGCCACCUACACUGCCACUCCGAAUUCCGACGGUUCUACCUUUUCACUCAGCUCAAGCAAGGGAAAGUGUGCCAUUUUGAGCGAUUCUUCUUUAAGCUGCGGCAGCUCUUCAACUGCCAGUGGCUUUGCCUACGAUGGCACGCACUUGACUUUCCAGGGAUCGUCCAAGUUUUAUGCAGCCUCAGUUCCAAGCGGACAGGCUCAAGGCACUGUCUUCACAAGCAGUCACUCUGUUUCUUUGGCACUUGCAUGGAAUGCCCAAUAA